UCCUCCUCAGGACGAAUGAAAGAUGUCUGUGUUUGUACAGCAGCAUUAGGGCAUCUUUAAAAACAUGUCUGUCAAUGGAGAAGGAAACAGAGGAUUUUACUUCAACACCGUCCUGUCUUUGGCUCGGUCGUUGGCGGCUCACCGGCAGGCACCGUUAGAAAAGGUCCAGAAGCUACAAUGCAUGUGCCCUGUGGACUUCAGAGGAGUCUUCCAGCUGGAUGAGAGGAGGAGAGAUGCUGUCAUUGCACUGGGCAUUUUCCUAGUAGAGUCAAACCUGCAGCACAAAGAUGCUAUCGUCCCUUACCUUCUCGGGUUGCUUAAAGGGAUUCCUAAAGUUCAGUGGAUUGAAGAAAGCUCAGAACGCAAAUGUAGAGAAGCCCUUCCUGUUGCGGAGAACUUCAGCUUUUGUCUCGUAACGCUGCUCUCAGAUGUCGCUCAGCGUGAUGAGACCUUACGAGGACAGAUCCUGGAGGCGGUCAUGGACAUUAUGCAGGUGCUGCAAGAUAUCUGCAAGGAUCCAGAGGCUCACGAUAAAGAAUACCUGUGCAGGUACACUGUUCCCACGCUGCUCGGCGUCGCCCGAGCGUUUGGCCGAUACAGCAACACCGACGAGUCUCUUCUGUCCAAGCUGUUCCCUCGACCGGUCGCUCCUGUGCUGCCUUCAGGCGACGACAGCGACGCCUCCCGCCGGAGGUCCUUCAACGACUUCCGUUCCAUCCUGCCGAGCUCUUUGCUCUCGGUGUUUCAGGGAGACACUCUGAGACGCAAAGGCUCCUCCGUGUCCAGCGUGUCACAACAGGCCAGUCCAGAGAGAGGAGGCCUGACCCCCAGCUUGCCUGCUGAUCCCUCUGCACAGUACUUUGAAGGCUCAUACCUCCCCGACGGCAGCGCAGUGGACCCUGACUACUACUUCUCCACCAUCAGCUCCAGCUUCUCUGUCUCGCCUCUUUUCACCGGGAGCAGCUCUGGAGAGUUUCACGUCCCUCUGGAUAUGCUCAGACAGCUCCUCCACAUGGUUGAACAAUUUGUGUCUGAGACGUUUUUGAAAUCACUGGAUGACGCCUUGGCAGAACUUAUCGAGCUGAAUCCUGGAUUUCAUCUGUACUACAAAACCUUCAGUGACCCUCUGUAUGUAGCCAUAUUCAAAAUGCUGAGAGACACCCUGUACAAUUUGAAAGACCUGCAGACGGACUACGUGAAGGAGGUUCACGACUUUGUGCUGGAGCAGUUCAGCAGCAGCCAGUCGGAGCUGCAGAGGAUCCUGCACGACGUGGAGUACCUCCAGAGCGAGCUGAGCCCGCUCAAGCUGCGCUGCCAGGCCAACGCUGCCUGUGUGGACCUCAUGGUGUGGGCUGUCACCGAGGAGCAGGGAGCUGAAAACCUUUGCACCAAACUGUCAGAGAAGCUGCAGUCGAAGACGUCCAGCAAAGUCAUCAUCGCUCACAUGCCCCUCCUCAUCUGCUGCUUACAGGGUUUGGGUCGUUUGUGUGAGCGCUUCCCUGUGGUGGCUCAUUCCGUCACCAUGUCACUGAGAGACUUCUUGGUGGUGCCCUCUCCUGUUUUGGUGAAGCUGUACAAAUACCACAGCCAGAACACUCCAGGUGGUGGUGAGAUAAAGAUCCACGUGACGAACGAACACUCCCAGUCAACGCUCAGCACCAAUUCUAGCAAGAAGAGCCAGCCCUCCAUGUACGAGCAGCUGCGGGACAUCUCCAUAGACAACAUCUGCAGGUGCCUGAAAGCAGGACUGACUAUGGAUAACGUCAUCGUGGAGGCUUUUCUCGCCAGUCUCUCCAACCGUCUCUACAUCUAUCAGGAAAAUGACAAGGAUGCCCACCUGAUCCCUGACCACACCAUCAGAGCUUUGGGUCACAUUUCUGUGGCCUUGCGGGACACCCCCAGAGUGAUGGAGCCCAUCCUCCAGAUCCUGCAGCAGAAGUUCUGUCAGCCUCCCUCCCAGCUCGAUGUCCUCAUCAUAGACCAGCUGGGCUGCAUGGUCAUCACAGGCAAUCAAUACAUCUACCAGGAGGUGUGGAAUCUGUUCCAGCAGAUCAGUGUCAAGGCCAGCUCCAUGGUGUACUCUACCAAAGACUACAAGGACCAUGGAUACAGACACUGCUCCUUGGCUGUGAUAAACGCUCUGGGCAACAUAGCAGCGAACGUUCAGGCCGAGCAGAUGGUCGACGAGCUGCUGGUCAAUCUGCUGGAGCUUUUUGUUCAGCUGGGCUUAGAGGGGAAGAGAGCCAGUGAGAGAGCCUCAGACAAAGGUCCAGCUCUGAAGGCUUCGAGCAGUGCUGGAAACCUCGGUGUCCUCAUUCCAGUUAUUGCAGUGCUGACUAGGAGGUUGCCACCAAUUAAGGAAGCAAAGCCACGUCUGCAGAAGCUCUUCAGGGACUUCUGGCUCUACUCUGUCGUCAUGGGAUUUGCAGUGGAGGGUUCAGGUCUGUGGCCGGAGGAGUGGUACGAAGGAGUCUGUGAGAUUGCCACCAAAUCACCGCUGCUCACGUUUCCCAGUGGAGAACCUUUACGCUCAGAGCUGCAGUACAACUCUGCACUGAAGAACGACACUGUCACCCCGGCGGAGCUGAAUGACCUGCGCAGCACCAUCAUCAACCUGCUGGAUCCUCCUCCUGAGGUGGCCGCUCUCAUCAACAAGCUGGACUUCGCCAUGUCCACGUAUCUGCUGUCCGUUUACAGACUGGAGUACAUGAGGAUGCUGCGUUCUCUGGACUCUGAUCGCUUCCAGGUCAUGUUUCGAUACUUUGAAGACAGAGCAAUACAGAAAGAUAAAUCUGGCAUGAUGCAGUGUGUGAUCGCCGUCAGUGACAAGGUCUUCGAGGUCUUCCUGCAGAUGAUGGCUGAAAAACCAAAAACCAAAGGCCACGAGGAGGAGCUGGAACGCCACGCUCAGUUCCUCCUGGUCAACUUCAACCACAUCCACAAGAGGAUCCGCAGAGUGGCUGACAAAUACUUGUCCGGCUUGGCUGAAACCUUCCCCCAUUUGUUGUGGAGCGGCCGUGUGCUGAAGACCAUGUUGGACAUCCUGCAGACGCUGUCCCUCUCGCUCAGCGCAGACAUUCAUAAAGAUCAACCUUACUACGACAUCCCAGACACGCCGUACAGGAUCACAGUCCCGGAUACAUAUGAAGCCAGAGAGAGCAUUGUGAAGGAUUUCGCUGCUCGCUGCGGGGAGAUCCUGAAAGAGGCGAUGAAGUGGGCUCCGUCCGUCACCAAAUCCCACCUGCAGGAGUAUCUGAACAAACAUCAGAUCUGGGUGUCGGGUCUCUCCCAGCACACGGGCCUCGCCAUGGCCACAGAGAGCAUCCUGCACUUCGCCGGUUACAACAGACAGAGCACGACUCUGGGGUCCACUCAGCUGACUGAGAGACCGGCCUGUGUGAAGAAGGACUACUCCAACUUCAUGGCCUCCCUCAACCUCAGGAACAGAUACGCCGGAGAGGUUUCAGGAAUGAUCCACUUCGCCCAGGCCGUCCGAGGACAGUCCGAUCUGAGCCGGCUGAUGAUCAAGCAGAUGGGAGAAGCUUUGGACUCGGCGCAGCCCGAGGCCUUCACCGAGGCCAUGUUCAAACUGGCGGCUUUGCUCAUCAGCAGCAAAGACUGUGAUCCUCAGCUGCUGCACCACCUCUGCUGGUCUCCUCUCAAGAUGUUCACAGAGCACGGCAUGGAAACAGCCAUUGCAUGCUGGGAGUGGUUGCUGGCAGCACGUGUUGGAGUUGAAGUACCGUUCAUGCGGGAGAUGGCGGGGGCGUGGCAGAUGACCGUGGAGCUGAAGAUGGGGUUGUUCUCGGACGCUCAGGUGGAGGCCGAUCCUCUGGCGGCAUCGGAGGAAAGUCAGCCCAUCCCCUGCCCUCCAGAUGUUACCCCUCACCACAUAUGGAUCGAGUUUCUAGUCCAGAGGUUUGAGAUCGCCAAGUACUCCAGCGCCGAUCAAGUGGAGAUCUUUUGCAGUUUACUUCAGCGCUCGCUGUCUCUCAACGUGGGCGGGGCUAAUAGUAGCCUCAACCGCCACGUAGCUGCUAUAGGACCUCGUUUCAGGCUGCUGACUCUGGGUCUGGCUCUGCUCCACUCUGACGUCGUCACCAAUGCGACUGUGAGGAACGUGCUCCGAGAGAAGAUCUACUCCACAGCCUUUGAUUACUUCAGCGUCUCUCCAAAGUUUCCCACCCAAGGUGACAAGCGUCUCCGCGAGGACAUCAGCAUCAUCAUCCGUUUCUACGCCAGCAUCCUGUCCGACAAGAAGUACCUGGCAGCGUGCCACUUGGUCCCACCCGGUGAGCUUGGUACUACCCCAGCCCCGAGCACGCUCUCUGCCGGGAUAUUCGGAUCGCUUAUCGUGUCCAGCACUUCUCCGAUAUCUAUCUUAAAUAAUCAGGACCCGUCCUUGAACAGUCUGUCAGUGAUGAACGCUGCUGACCUCAGGAGCAACAUGGACUCCAGCUCUCGCUCCCAGCAGAGCAGCCAGGGAUGGAUCAACACCUACCCGCUGUCCAGUGGCAUGUCCACCACGUCCAAGAAAUCAGGCACGUCCAAGAAGAGCAACAGAGGGACGCAGCUUCACAAAUACUACAUGAAGCGCAGGACUCUGCUGCUGGCCUUACUGGCCAGCGAGAUCGAACGGCUGACCACGUGGUACAACCCGCUGUCCACCCAGGAGCUGGCCAUCGCCACAGAGCAGUCAGUGGAGACCAGCAUCGCCAACUGGAGAUCCAAAUACAUCAGUCUCACCGAGAAACAGUGGAAGGACAACGUCAACCUGGCCUGGAGCAUCGCACCAUACCUGGCCAUGCAGCUACCCACAAGGUUUAAGAAUGACGCCAUCGUCGCUGAGGUGACCAGGCUGGUGAGGCUGGACCCCGGAGCAGUCAGCGAUGUGCCCGAGGCCGUCAAGUUCCUGGUGACGUGGCACACCAUCGACGCCGACUCCCCUGAGCUCAGCCACAUCCUGUGCUGGGCCCCGGCCGACCCGCCCACCGGUCUGUCCUACUUCAGCAGCAUGUACCCUCCUCAUCCUCUCACUGCUCAGUACGGGGUGAAGGUGCUGCGCUCCUUUCCUCCGGAUGCCAUCUUGUUCUACAUUCCUCAAAUUGUACAGGCUCUCCGUUACGAUAAGAUGGGUUACGUGAGAGAGUACAUCCUGUGGGCGGCGCAGAAGUCUCAGCUCCUCGCCCACCAGUUCAUCUGGAACAUGAAAACCAACAUUUUCAUGGACGAGGAGGGACACCACAAAGACCCGGACAUCGGGGAGCUGCUGGAGCAGAUGGUGGAGGAGAUCACAGGCUCUCUGUCGGGUCCGGCCAAAGACUUCUACCAGAGGGAGUUCGACUUCUUCAACAAGAUCACCAACGUGUCCGCCAUCAUCAAGCCGGUUCCAAAGGGAGAGGAGAGAAAAAGAGCCUGUCUCAAAGCUCUGUCAGAUAUCAAAGUCCAGCCAGGCUGUUACCUGCCGAGUAACCCUGAAGCUAUCGUGCUGGACAUUGACUACAAAUCUGGAACGCCCAUGCAGAGUGCCGCCAAGGCGCCCUACCUGGCCAAGUUCAAGGUGAAACGCUGCGGCGUGAGCGAACUGGAGAGGGAGGGUCUCCGCUGCCCCUCAGACUCUCUGGAGGACGGAGAGGAGAAUCCGGACGGAUCACGCAGGGUUUGCUGGCAGGCCGCCAUCUUUAAAGUGGGAGAUGACUGCAGACAGGAUAUGCUCGCUCUGCAGAUCAUUGGGCUUUUUAAGAAUAUCUUCCAGCUGGUCGGCCUGGAUCUGUUCGUCUUCCCAUACAGAGUGGUGGCCACUGCACCCGGGUGCGGCGUGAUUGAGUGCAUCCCAGACUGUAAGUCCCGAGACCAGCUCGGCAGACAGACGGACUUCGGGAUGUACGAUUACUUCCGCAACCAGUACGGCGACGAAUCCACCCUCGCCUUCCAGAAGGCUCGGUAUAACUUCAUCCGCAGCAUGGCCGCCUACAGCCUCCUGCUGUUCCUGCUGCAGAUCAAAGACAGACACAACGGCAACAUCAUGCUGGACAGCAAGGGCCACCUCAUCCACAUCGACUUUGGCUUCAUGUUUGAGAGCUCUCCCGGCGGGAACCUUGGCUGGGAGCCGGACAUCAAGCUGACGGAUGAGAUGGUGAUGAUCAUGGGAGGAAAGAUGGAGGCCACCCCUUUCAAAUGGUUCAUGGAGAUGUGCGUCAGAGGAUACCUGGCUGUGCGACCCUACAUGGAUGCAGUGGUUUCCCUAGUGACCCUCAUGCUGGACACUGGACUGCCAUGCUUCAGAGGACAAACCAUUAAACUCCUCAAAGGACGGUUUAAUCCACAAAUGAGUGAGAAAGAAGCAGCAGCGUUCAUCAUCAAAAUCAUCCAAAGUUGUUUCCUCAGUAGCAGGAGCAAAACGUACGACAUGCUGCAGUAUUACCAGAACCAAAUCCCUUACUGAGGAUCUGCUGCACGUCCAACACACACGUCUCUACACAAGCAAUGCAAACCUCCUUUUUAGGUGAUUUUAAUACGGUGGUGGAUGCACCUUUUACGGAGGGCCCCGGGCUGAUCUGUUUAUCAAUCUGCUCCCUGCGAGACAGACAAUAAUGUGGCACUUUGAUCCGUGUUCUCCAAUUUUACUGUAAGUUGUCAGAUUUUAUAAUGUACAUCUGAGUUUUAAAGUAGUUCUUUGUUUGACUUGAGAGUAAAGAACAAUGUUAUGACUUUAACCAAAAGAGGUAUUUGAAUCACCCUUUAAGUAUUUUCUUCUUGAUGCUGUUAUUUGUUACUCAGCAAACAUGAACUAAACUGUCACACUAGAGGAAGACGGCCAUAACAGGAGCCAUAUUUAUAGUGUUUGUCAAAGCAGCUGUUAAAAUCAUUGUUAUCAUUUUGUUACUAUGCUGUCCUCCACUUUUAUGCACUUUAUAGUAUUUCAUUAAUGUCACCUGCCUAUGAUCAAGUGGCAAUAGACAACUUUUCCCCAUGUAGCGUUAAUGUUGACGCUGCUGUCGCGAAGCAGAACAUCGUUCGUUUCACCACUGCGCACAACCAGGAAGUGUGUUGUUUGUUUAGAUUAUCAGACGCACAAUUAAUAUUUUGUUUCUGGUUGCUAGCGGUAGCGUUAGCAACAUGGCCGCCGGUAUCUCUAAAAGGAAUCUCUCGAAAAAGGAAUAAUCCCAGAUCUCAGUGCUGCCAAUUUCUUAAAUCCUGGAGCUUUCUCUUUAUAGUCGGAUUGGCUACAGGGAGCGGGACAAAGCCCGGUGGACCAGUGGACAGGAACAUAUCAGUCCCAGCACGUCCGAGUCAGUCCAAGGUCCAGUGUCAAGCUCCCUCUUCGUCUUCUUUGCUCCUUUUCUCACCGUCCACUGUUUCCUAUACCUGGAUAAAGCUUCCAGUAGCUAACGGGGCAGAACAAACGCACUGUUAUCCUCUUCCUGUUUUGGUUGCGCAGUGGCAGACUUUCCUCGAUCUUUUCUUCUUCAUUUUUUCUACAAAAGCUGAAUUACAUAAUGAAAUAGAGGCUUAUAGGAAAAAAGCAGAUGGUGUCAUUAUUCUGUACGUUUACUUCAUAAGGAUAAAUUCAAAUAAAAAAAGUCGUCUAUUGCCACUUUUAUACAGAGAUUAAAACAAUGUGCAGUUUAAUCAACUGAUAAAUGAAAUUCCAGUAGUUUUGAUUUAGUAGAAGACAAACCAGUGUUGUCAAAUAGAUCAAAGAUCAAUGCAGGAAUCAAUCAGCAUUUAAUCCAAUAGUAGUGCUUAGAAAUGUAGAAAGGUAUUUAGAGAAUCAAAGGUAAUGAUGCUGUAGUAUUUACUGUAGAAUCACACAUCAAGAUCACGGCUGUUUUGUCUGUGAUUUAUGUGCAACUUGUAGAAUUACAUGUGAAGAGCAUAAUUAUCAGAAGAUUUUAAAAACUUUAAACUUUGAUGUUUAUCUUCAAAGUCAGUCGUGUCACAACUUCCUCGUCUCAGCUUUUAGGUCACAUCUCUUAAACAGGAACUCCAGGAACUUAGCAACCCGUAACUUGAGCCUCCAAAAGAACCGGUGAGGCUUUUAAUGCCGCAGGUUCCCGCCUUGUGUUUCCGCUGCGUUUUACAAACCGAGGAGAGACACCAGGAAACAAUUCAAAUGCUGUAAUGUAGUGUCAUGUGUUUGGCAGGCGAGUGCAGGUGUGGGACAGACUACAGUGGAGUAGGGAGAGUUAUGCUAAGUAGCAGGAGCAGGCUGCAGAGGUCUGGUAAGAACACUUCUUUCUAACUCCACACCUCCAGAUUUUUUUACCUUUCAAAAUUUGUAGUCAGAUUCUCGCAGCUCCCUCUGGACACACUACAGGCUUUAUACAACUUUUUAAAUCUUUAAAUGAAUCUUUUAUUCCAAACAGGACUUUCUGAAUCUGCUCCCACCAGCGCAGUCGCCUGUGCUUUUUACUGCCGGCCUGUUUCUGAGCUUCCUGCGGCCGCCGAGAGCUCAGCGCACCGCGACUAAAGAAAACACAUGCAAAUACACAAACGUGCUGCAAGUUCAGAAAAACUUCCUCAUCCAUCUGACAAACACAUGCGCUGCACAUUCACACAACACAACGGACGAGUUUCCAGGAGACACUGAAAAGCGAUUGAACCUGGCUGAGACUUGUUGCUCGAUGUUGUUCAACACUAACGUCGUGUUGUGUGAAUUUGCAGCGAAUGUGUUUGUCAGAUUGAUGAAGAUGUUUUUCUGAGCUCGCUGCGCGUUUGUUUUAAGUUGCAGUGUUUUGAGCUCUCGGGGCCACCGUAGGAGCUCCCCUUCAAUAAUUGCACUUGCAUUCCUUCCCUCAUGGGUUUCUAGACCUUGGAUUUACUAUCAGCUCCUGAGCUGCGCUGACGUUUUUCAGCUGCAGAGCGGAGAAGUUACGUGUCGUUAAGUUCCUGUUGUGGGAAAAAAGAGCAGAAGGAAGGAGGGUAGAGCAGCUCCACACCACAGCCUGCAUGUCUCAAACACUAAGUGAGAUGUACAGUGUUUUCGUCCUGUGUCAGAAUACAGGUGUUGUACAUGUAUACAAGCCCUUCACUGUGUGUUUGUUAGUGUGUGUGUGUGUGUGUGUGUAUAACCCUGUUUGGAAACAUUCCUCUGCGAGUGUGUGAGGUAAAUCAAACCUCUUGUUGGGGGUUUUUGUUGGAUGAUCUUACAGAUGAUGAUGAUUAUACCUGAAAAAAAAAAAAAAAAAAAAAAAAAAAAAAAGCCAUUUCUCUUCCCCUCGGUGGAAACACAACUGUAGUAAUACUUGACAAAAGAGAACUCUAACUUUAUGCAAUAUAUUCAUGUGUAUCGAUGCUGUAUCUGUGUGUCGUGUUCAACAGAUGAAAUUUGUUCUAUGAUUCAUUCCAUCCCGAUCGUUGUGCGUCACGUGUUUUUACGUUGCAGCUGUGACUUCCUGUCGUUACACACAAAGUAUUGAAACAUACAGACGAACAAUGUUUAAAUGUCAUUGCUGCGAUCGGCUCAUGACGAAGCCAGUUUUAAUGCAGUUGAUUUUAUGGUUUGAGUUGCUGUUAUUUUUAAAUCUGUUAGUCAUCCUUUAUGUCCACUGCUUCCUGUGAACCAGAGGUGUUGGUCACUGUGUAAUCUAUAUGCUGUGUGUGUGUGUGUGUGUGUGUGUGUGUGUGUGUGUGUGGUUUUUGUUGGUAUUUGCUCAGUUUGUGGCGACAUCAUUUGCCAGUUCCAAUGAAAAUCACAUCUGUUAUUUUGACCAUACGUGAAAACUCAUCAUUUCCAGAUUAAAUGUGUGUAACAUUU